AUGGACAGAAAGAACUCAAGAGUGUUAAAAAAUCAAGAAGAAAAUCUGGAAUUGUUUACCCUAAUAUGGCUCGAUGCAGACGUUAGCAGUACAGCUGAAAAUGUGGAAACAGCAUCUAAACUACGACGUAUUAUCAAUUUUAUAAAAUUAUUCGAUAACCUUAAAACUGAACAAAAUAAUUUCAAAGAAUCUAAAAUAAAUUUGUAUCGUGGUCAAAUAAUGUCAUUGACAGAAGUCGAGAAAAUGAAAACAAGUAUUGGUCAACUAAUAUCGAUGAACUCCUUUUUUUCAACAAGCUUAAAUCGAGAUGUAGCUCUUCAGUUUGUCAAAUUGAUCAGCAAGUUUAGUGGGAAUAUGCAAUCUGUUUUAUUUGAAAUUGAAGCAAAUACCGAUUUAAAAGAAACAAAACCAUUUGCUCUUAUAAAACAUUUAAGUUAUUAUGAAAAAGAAGACGAAGUUUUGUUUAUGCUCGGCUUAAUAUUUCGACUUGUAUGUGUUGAAUUCGAUGAUAAGGAAAACGUGUGGAGAAUCGAACUAGUACUACAAAGUGAAAAUGACUACGAACUGAAGAAUGUUUUAAAUUACAAGAAAGAGGAUAUGGAAGACAAGACUAGCCUCUUGUCACUUGGCAGACUGCUAUCUGACAUGGGUAAAUUGAAUCAAGCCCAAAAAUAUUUUUAUUGUGUGAUAGAUGAUCUGUUAGAAGUCGGGGAUCGACAAAUAGCUUUUUGUUAUUAUGAGCUUGGAAAUAUUGCUCGUGCAAAGGGCAAUUACGAUGAUGCUCUAUUUUUAUUUCAAGUAGUUCUUGACCUAAAAUCAAAAUAUUUUGCAAUUAACAGUGCAUCUAUGGCAGCAACUUAUUCUAGCAUUGGUAGUACUUAUAUGUGUAAAUGCGAAUACGAAUUAGCAUUAGAGAACUAUACCCGCUGUCUUCAGAUUUUCCUGGCCACUAAAGGGCCAAAAUGA